GUCUCUACAACAUAUUUUCUCAGUGAAAAUGAAACUAUAACUGGAAGGGACAUAUUCAGGCAUAAUAUAAAGAAGAAUAUAUUGCCUAUUUUCUUCUGCCAACAAAAGCUCCAGUCCAAUUUAUCUAAAGCAUAAUAUCCGUGCGUAAUUCGGAGAUAAUGGCAUGCUACUUGGGUGAUCUAGGGUUGGAUGAUGACAACAUGGAAGUCUCAGAGAGCCCAGAACAUGUCCUGUAUCAGACUGUCCCUUCUCUAACCAUGGAUGAGAGAUACCAUAUAUUCAUCAGCUACAGCAGCAGAGAUUCAAUCUGGGUCAUUGGUCUUAUCCAUAAACUCGAGAAGAUGUUGCCAAGUCUUCAGAUUUGCUAUCAUGAGAGAGACUUUAUCCCUGGAAGGACUAUCAUAGAUAAUAUGAUUGACUGCAUCCAAAAAAGUAAAAAAAUCUUGGUAGUGCUGAGUCCGGAUUUUGUGCGCAGCAACUGGUGUCUCUUUGAGACCAACCUCUCCAUGUUCAAGGACUGUUUGGGGCACAAAGCCAUUGUUCCCAUUAUGUUGAAACCUUGCCCAGUGCCUUUGCAUCUCAGCCACUUGACUUACAUAGAUGCUGAAGAUGACCAGUUCUUUGAGAAACUUAUCAAUGCCAUUUUAAAUGGAAACGAGACAGAAUCUGAUGAAGACGUUGUGUUUCACUACCAGUCAUCCAUUCUCUACAAUGGGAAGUCCCUGCUCACAUUGGCUGCAGUAAAUGAAAAUGAUCUGAAAGCUAAUAAUAUAAUAUUUCCUGAUGCCUCUGUCCCUGACUCACUCAAAGCAGUUGUAGAAGACUCUGAUUUGUACAAGGAAGCCAUUCGGAUACUCAAUGCAACCCCCACUUUUAAUAGCAUCUUUGAUUCUGAAACUGUGAGGAUAUUAUUAGCAUUAACACUUGCGGGGGGGGUUUGUCUGAUUUUAUCUGCAUUUAUUUCCUCAUGGGACACAUACCAUGCUUGGUUUUUAUGCCUUCCACUAAGUUUUUCCCCAAUUUGUAUUGAAGCUUCCAGAUUUGAAAAAUGGGAUGCGUACAAGUUAAACAAAAUAACCAAAGAGAUGAUCAAAAGCACUGGACGUGCAAACUUACUUUUGAUGAAGACUUCCAUCCUGGCUGGUUACCCAAGCAAAGGACAGCUGUUAUUUGUCUACAUCACAUGUCUAACAAGAUGCAUGCGGAAUUUCGAGAUAACUUUUGGAACCGGAAGUGCAUUGGCUACUGCUAUGUGGGAAAAAGCCAUUGUCAAACAUUCUUCUGAAUAUGCUUGUUGCUUAUCCAGAAAAUGUUUUCCUUUCAAAGACACUGAGGUUCCCAGUCAUCUGAAAGGAGGAGUUUGUUUCUGUCUGUUUGUAAUUACUCAGAUAAAAAAUGGUGAUUGGCCAUAAGCAAUAUGCUCGACUUGCUAUAAAAUUCAAGGAAAAAACAUAAUUUAUGCUUACCUGAUAAAUUUAUUUCUCUUGUAGUGUAUCCAGUCCACGGAUCAUCCAUUACUUAUGGAAUAUAUUCUCCUUCCCAACAGGAAGUUGCAAGAGUCCACCCACAGCAAAGCUGCUAUAUAGCUCCUCCCCUAACUGCCAUAUUCAGUCAUUCGACCGAAAACAUGCAGAGAAAGGAAAAACCAUAGGGUGCAGUGGUGACUGUAGUUCAAAUGAAAAAAUUACCUGCCUUAAAGUGACAGGGCGGGCCGUGGACUGGAUACACUACAAGAGAAAUAAAUUUAUCAGGUAAGCAUAAAUUAUGUUUUCUCUUGUUAAGUGUAUCCAGUCCACGGAUAAUCCAUUACUUAUGGAAUACCAAUACCAAAGCUAAAGUACACGGAUGAUGGGAGGGACAAGGCAGGUACUUAAACGGAAGUUACCACUGCCUGUAAAAAACCCUUUCUCCCAAAAAUAGCCUCCGAAGAAGCAAGGUAUAAAAUUUGUUAAAUUUGAAAAAGUAUGAAGCGCAGACCAAGACUCCGUCUUGUAAAUCUGUUCAACAGAAGCCACAUUUAAAAAAGGCCCAAGUGAAAACCACAGCUCUAGUAGAAUGAGCUGUAAUCCCUUCAGGAGGCUGCUGUCCAGCAGUCUCAUAAGCUAAAUGAAUUAUGCUUUUUAACCAAAAAGACAGAGAGGCUGCUGAAGUCUUUUGACCUCUCCUCUGUCCAGAAUAGACAACAAACAAGGUGAACGUUUGAGGAAAACUGUAGUAGCUUGUAAGUAAAACUUUAAAGCACAAACCACGUCCAAUAUUGUGUAAUAGACGUUCCUUCUUUGAGGAAGGAUUAGGAUACAAGCAUGGAACAACUAUCUCUUGAGUGAUGUUCUUGUUAGAUACCACCUUAGGAAAAAACCCAGGUUGGUACGCAGGAUUACCUUAUCCGUACGAAGGACCAGAUAAGGAGAAUCACAUUGUAACACAGAUAACUUGGAGACUCUACGAGUCGAGGAAAUAGCUACCCAAAAGGAACUUUCCAAGAUAAAGAUUGAUAUCUAUGGAACAAAAAAAGGUUCAAACGGAACUUCUUGAAGAACCUUAAGAACCAGGUUUAAGCUCCAUGGCGGAGCAACAGUUGUAAACACAGGCUUGGAUCUAACCAAAGCCUGACCAAAUGCCUGAACGUCUAGAAUACCUGCCAGACGCUUGUGCAAAAAAAUAGACAGAGUAAAAAUCUGUCCCUUUUAAAGAAUUAGCUGACAACCCUUUUCUCAAAAACAUCUUGGAGAAAAGAUAAUAUCCUGGGAAUCCAGACUUUACUCCAUGAGUAACCCUUGGAUUCAUAACAAUCAGAUAUUUACACCAUAUCUAUGUUCAAUUUUCCUAGAGACAGGCUUUCAUGUCUGUAUUAAGGUAUCAAUGACUGACUCAGAGAAGCCAUGCUUUGAUAACAUCAAGCGUUCAGUCUCCAGGCAGUCCAUCUCAGAUUGAUUCUAUUUAGAUGGUUGAAAGGACCCUGAGGUAGAGGGACCUGUCUCAGAAGCAGAGACCGUGAUGGAAAGGAUGACAUGUCCACCAGAUCUGCAUACCAGGUCCUGCGUGGCUACGCAGGCGCUGUCAAAAACACCAAAGCCCUCUCCUGCUUGGUCUUGACCUCCGGAGGAAAUCCCACUCCCCCGGAAGAAAAGUCUGACGACUUAGAAAAUCCACCUCCCAGUUCUCAACACCUGGGAUAUGGAUAGCUGAUAGACAAGAGUGAGUCUCUGUCCAAUGAAUUAUUGUAAGACAUCUAACAUCACUAGGGAACUUCUGUUCCCCUUUGAUGGCUGAUGUAAGCCACAGUCGUGUAUAUUGUCUGACUGAGUAUGAUGUACCUCAGAGUUGCUAACUGAGGCCAAGUCUGAAGUCCAGUUCCAGAAUAUUUAUUAGAAGGAGGGUCUCCUCCUAAGUCCACUAUCCCUGAGCCUUCAGGGAGUUCCAGACUGCAUCCCAACCUAAAAGGCUGGCAUCUAUUGUAACAAUUGUCCCAUCUGACCUGUGGAAGGUCAUAUGUGUAAUCCCCGUUCCUCUGACUGAGCAUGCAUAGUUGCAGCGGUCUGAAAUGUAGACGUGCAAACGGUACUAUGUCCCUUGCUGCUACCAUUAAGCCGAUUUCAUUCAUGUACUGAGCCACCGAAGGGCGCGGAUGGAAUGAAAAACACGGCAGAAAUUUAGAAACUUUGACAACCUGGACUCCGUCAGGUAAAUUUUCAUUUCUACAGAAUCUAUCAGAGUCCCUAGGAGGGAAACCCUUGAGAUUGGGGAUAGAGAACUCUUUCCUUGUUCACUUUCCACCCAUGUGAUCUCAGAAAUGCCAGUACUAUGUCCGUAUGAGACUUGGCAAUUUGGAUGUUUGACGCCUGUAUCAGGAUGUCGUCUAAAUAAGGGGCCACUUCUAUGCCCCGCGGCCUAAGGACCGCCAAAGCGACCCUAGAACCUCCAUAAAGAUUAUUGGGGCUGUAGAUAUCCCAAAGGAAAGAGCUACACACUGGUAAUGCCUGUCUAGAAAGGCAAACCUGAAAAACGAUGGUGAUCUUUAUGCAUCACAAUGUGAGGAUAAGCAUCCUUCAAAUCCAUUGUAGUCCUCUAUUGACUCUACUGGAUCAUAGUUAAGAUGGUACAAAUAGUUUCCAUCUUAAAUGACGGAAUUCUGAGGAAUUUGUUUAAGAUCUUUAGAUCCAAAAUAGGUCUGAAGGUUCCCUCUCCUUGGGAACCACAAACAGAUUUGAGUAAAAACUCUGUCCCUGUUCCUCUCUUGGAACUGGAUGGAUCUCGUACACAAUGUAAGAAUACCUCCUUCUUUAUCUGGUUUGCAGAUAAUUGUGAAAGGCGAAAUCUCCCCUUUUUUUGGGGGGGAAUCUUUGAAAUCCAGAAGAUAUCUCUGGGAUAUAAAUUCCAAUGCCUAGGGAUCCUGGGCAUCUCUUGCCCACGCCUGGGCGAAGAAUGAAAGUCUACCCCUAUAGGAUCCGUUACCGGAUAGGGGUCCGUUCCUUCAUGCUGCCUUAGAGGCAGCAGCAGGCUCCUUGGCCUGCUUAUCUUUGUUCCAGGUCCGAUUGUCUCCAGACCGCCUUGGACUGAGCAAAAAUUCCCUCUUGUUUUGCCUGAGAUAAACAGCACACUCCGGUGCCAUUUAAAAAUAACAAACUUUUGAUUGAAGAAUAAACUAAGUAUAAAACACCACAGACUUUCACAACCUCCUAUCUAUGUUGAGGCUUGCAAGAGAAUGACUGAAUAUGGCAGUUAGGGGAGGAGCUAUAUAGCAGCUUUGCUGUGGGUGGACUCUUGCAACUUCCUGUUGGGAAGGAGAAUAUAUUCCAUAAGUAAUGGAUGAUCCGUGGACUGGAUACACUUAACAAGAGAAAUUAAACAUAAUUUUUUUCUUUCAUAAUUCAGAUAGAGCAUGCAAUUUUAAAUAGCAUUCCAAUUUAUUUCUAUUGUCUAAUUUGUUUUGUUCUCUUUGUAUCCUUUGUUGAAAAGUAUACCAAGGUAGGCUCAGAAGCUGCUGAUUGGUGGCUGAACAUAUAUGCCUCUUGUCAUUUCAGCUAACUCCCAGUAGUGCAUUACUGCUCCUUCUACAAACAAUACCAAAAGAUUGAAAAGCAAGUUAGAUAAUAGAAGUACAUUGGAAUUUUGUUUAAAAUUGUAUGACGUACCCUUAAAUGAUUUAUGUACUGUUAUAUUUUUUCUGUUAUAUGUUCUAUUAUUUCCUAUUCUAUUUUAUAUUGUAUUGCAUUGCAUUACAUUAGCACAUUUUCUUUGUUAACAAAAUGUAAGAGUCAUCAUGAACUGCUUUAGCAAUAUAAUCUAGAUUAGAUAUUAAAGGUAUUUUUCCUC